GACGCACCCCGCCGACCGCGUCUAUGGAUCGUGACUUGUGUCGUGUGUGAUGGCAUAUCCGUCACCAUGAAUAUUUUUGGACCCUUGGAAGCCUUCCGCGGCAGGCGAUUCCAGAGACCUCCCGUCGUCAUCCCCGAAGCUCCUGGAUACCAAACUAUCCCCCAAUUCGACCCUUGGACAACUUUUGGGCUGAAUUCGCCAUGUACCCAAACCCUAGAUCUCCGGUGAAGGGGUAAGGAACCAUCGUCGUACUUCACCGACAUGGCUGGGAUCCAUACGCGCCGUUCCAGAUUUCGCGCGGUUUUCAAUGCCUUCUGCUCUCUGGUAUUGUUCUUGUUCUUCUACAACGGAGAGGAUGUCCUCAGGAACCCUUUCCUUGGUCCAAGAUCUAAUUUUUCCCUCGGUCAUACUUCCAAAUCUGACCUCUAUCCUCGUCGGAGGAUGGCCGAGCUCUCUUUCACCAAUUCGACAAAUGGGUCCGUCCCGAUCGCUCCGAUGGACGAGUCAUUCGAACCCCUGGCGAAUCCUACCGUGGCAUGUGCUGGCAUACGCCAGCACGAGGGCUUCGCCAGCCACUGUGACUUCUUGAAGACGCACAGGCAGUGCAAUUCCGGUGGAAUCAUCGAUUACAUUACUUUUUUCUAUUGUGAUUGUCGGAAAUUUCGCGUUUUGGGAUAUGCUGUGCUUGUAUUAUGGCUGGCAGCUUUGUUCUACACGUUGGGGAACACCGCAGCAGAUUACUUCUGCUGUAGCUUAGAGAAACUCUCCAUCUUACUAAAGCUUCCACCGACUGUUGCUGGGGUCACUCUUCUUCCACUUGGCAAUGGUGCUCCUGAUGUAUUUGCGAGCAUUGCAGCAUUCAUCGGUACGGGUGCUGGCGAGGUUGGCAUUAAUAGUGUGCUGGGUGGAGCAGUCUUCGUCACUUGCAUAGUUGUUGGAACUGUCGCUUUAUUUGUGGCGGAGAAGAAUGUUCAGAUUGAUAGAAAGUGCUUCAUCAGAGAUAUUAGCUUCUUUUUAUUGACAUUGGCGUCAUUGUCCUUGAUCUUGUUUGUUGGAAGAGUGACACUUUGGGGAGCAGUUUUGUUUGUCUCGAUUUAUUUGGUUUAUGCUUUCACCGUGGCAGCAAAUGAGAUUCUGAGGAAGCAUGCUCGGAAGUUGAAGUUAGACAUGGUGACUCCACUGCUCCCAGUUAGAGGAAGCAUCUUUUCUCUUGGCAGUGAAGAGGAUGUGUCCGUCUAUAGCAGUCUUCUUGAAGAUGAUCUUGACAACGAGGUAUCACAUCUGCAUGGUUCAUUGCCACAGUGGAUGUGGGCUUCACAUGUGGCUAUUUAUUCGAAUCAGGGAAGCAGAGCGAAUUCAUUUGACAGCUCCAGGCCUUUAUGGGGUUGGAAUGAACAAGAGGCAGAAGCAUCGGUUUUCUCAUUUUCCAAACUAUUUCUGUUAAUGGAGAUGCCCCUGACCAUCCCUAGAAGGUUGACAAUUCCAAUCGUUGAGGAAGAAAGGUGGUCAAAACCAUAUGCAGUUGCAAGUGCUUUCUUCGCCCCCAUUCUUUUGGCAUUCGUGUGGAAUACCCAGGAGACUUCUAAAAUCAGCAUUGCUGCUUACAUUGUAGGCGGCCUCUUUGGUGUUGGAUUUGCAGCUGUUGCUUUCCUGUACACCAGCACCGAUCAUCCACCACGGAGGUAUUUGUUUCCAUGGGUUUUAGGAGGGUUUUUCAUGAGCAUAGCAUGGUUUUACAUUGUUGCUAAUGAGUUGGUUGCUCUUUUGGUGACCUUGGGUGUGAUUUUGGGGAUAAAUCCUUCCAUUCUGGGACUGACAGUAUUGGCAUGGGGCAAUUCAAUGGGAGAUUUGAUGUCAAAUGUUGCUUUGGCUGUAAACGGGGGUGAUGGUGUGCAGAUUGCGAUGUCAGGAUGCUAUGCAGGACCAAUGUUCAACACGCUUGCUGGUUUGGGGAUGUCAAUGUUGCUUGGAGCUUGGUCGACUGCUCCUAAAUCCUAUGUGCUACCACAAGAUAGCACCUUGGUGUACACCAUGAUUUUUCUUGUAUCUGGACUUGUUUGGGCCCUUAUCAUCUUACCACGGAAUGAUAUGUGUCCUAACAAGAUGUUGGGCUUUGGCCUAAUAACACUUUACCUCAUAUUUCUGAUUAUUAGAGUGAGCAAUGCAAUUGGCCUCUUGCCAUUGGCUGGCUUGCAAUGACCUAUCUUUCUCUCAGGAGAACUGGAAAGCUGAAUUGCCAUUGGCAUACUGAUGCGCUGGUCUUCCCUACCACUUUCCACACUAAGAACUUGGAAGCCAUGAUUAUAUGAAGUACCUUUUUGUGGUGGUCAAGUGUUGAGUUUGCCUAGAAAGCCAAGGUUGCAUCUGUACAUGGAUAUGCUGUCACAAGUCUCAGAUGUUAUAAGAGUUACAUAUGAAGAUGGAUUUUCUUUAUGUUGCUGCACUUACCAUUGAACUUGUUCAUGUGUUAAGGGUAAUCACCCUUUGAUUGCCCGGUGUUGUCUUGGGAAACUCUGCCCGGUGUUGUCUUUGGAGUCGCACAUUCUUUCUCAUGUACUGCUCUUGGGUAAUAUAUUAAACAUGGUAAUUUACUUUGUGAAUAGAUAACUGUAGUUUCUUUCUUAUUGAA